AUGAUAAGGAUAUCCCCAAUCGUUAGACCUACACUUCCAUUUUUUGGAACUUUCCUUAAAUCAAGCUCUCAGUUAAUACCUCAUACGCUAGCUCUAAGACGGGCCGUAUCAAAAAACGUUGCAUUAAGAAAUUAUUCAGUGGAUAGUGAACAACCGAAACAUACAUUUGAUAUUUCGAAACUUACUAGAAAUGAAAUUCAGCAAUUGCGAGAGUUGAAAAGAGCAAGGGAGAGAAAGUAUAAAGAUCGCACCGUCGCAUUUUAUUUCAGCAGCGUGGCGAUACUUUUCUUAGGUUUGGCAUAUGCAGCGGUACCACUAUAUAGGGCCAUUUGUGCUCGUACUGGUUUUGGUGGAAUUCCCAUAACAGAUAGAAGAAAAUUUACCGACGAUAAAUUGAUUCCUGUAGAUACUGAGAAGAGAAUCCGUAUCUCGUUCACCAGUGAGGUGUCACAAAUUUUACCGUGGAAAUUCGUUCCUCAACAACGUGAGGUUUACGUUCUACCUGGUGAAACAGCUCUAGCUUUUUACAAAGCAAAAAAUUACAGCGAUAAAGAUAUUAUUGGUAUGGCUACUUAUAGCAUAGCGCCUGGCGAAGCGGCCCAGUACUUUAACAAGAUCCAGUGUUUUUGUUUCGAAGAACAAAAAUUAGCGGCUGGUGAAGAGAUAGAUAUGCCUGUUUUCUUUUUCAUCGAUCCCGAUUUUGCUAGCGAUCCAGCCAUGCGAAAUAUCGAUGAUAUUAUACUACAUUAUACCUUUUUUAGAGCGCAUUAUGGUGACGGUACGGCUGUAAGUGACUCUAAAAAGGAGCCUGAGAUGAAACCGGACGAAGUAGCAGCAUCAUUGGCUAAUGCUGCUAUUUUAUCCCCAGAAGUUAUAGACACAAGGAAGGAUAGCCAAAAUUAA